AUAAAUACGAAUGCAUUGUUAUCGAAUAGCUACUCUUGAUGUUACAGCAGUAGUGCCCCUGUGCCUUAAUCAGCCGACUUUAUUCUCUGUGUGUCUCUGUUGGACAAGUGAUUUUUUGUCUGGUAGAGAAGUAGUCAUAUAAAUAAUGUUGACACAUAAUAAAAGUUGUGGAGGACGCAAAAAAAUGCAGGUCUCCUAUGUUAUACGAGAUGCUGAGGAGAAACAACAUCGGAAUGGUGUCAAUGCCAUGCAAUUAGAUCCAAACAAUGGUAAAUUAUAUUCAGCCGGACGUGAUGCUAUAAUACGGGUAUGGAACUCCCGUUCCGAAUCGAAUGAUAAAUAUAUACAGUCCAUGGAACAUCAUAAUGAUUGGGUUAAUGACAUUGUGCUCUGUUGCAAUGGUCGUAAUUUAAUUAGUGCUAGCUGUGAUACAACGGUGAAAGUGUGGAAUGCUCACAAAGGAUUUUGCAUGUCUACCCUAAGAACCCACCGUGAUUAUGUCCAGGCAUUGGCAUAUGCCAAGGAUCGCGAACAGGUGGCCAGUGCUGGCUUGGAUAAGGCGAUUUUUCUGUGGGACGUUAACACACUAACAGCUUUAACUGCCAGCAAUAAUACAGUCACAACAUCUAGUCUAAAUGGCUGUAAAGACUCCAUCUACAGUUUAGCAAUGAAUCCUGCUGGUACGGUCAUAGUGAGCGGCUCCACAGAGAACAUCUUGCGAGUAUGGGAUCCACGCACCUGUGUACGCAACAUGAAAUUGCGAGGCCACACAGAAAAUGUACGAGCACUGGUGGUAUCGGCCGAUGGCAAUCAAGUUGUUUCCGGCAGUUCAGAUGGUACGAUAAAAAUUUGGAAUUUAGGUCAACAACGUUGUGUUCAAACCAUCCACGUCCAUAAAGAGGGUGUUUGGAGUUUAUUAAUGACGGACAACUUCCAAUAUAUUAUAUCGGGUAGUCGUGAUCGUAAUAUUGUCAUAACCGAGUUGAGAAAUCCCAGCAAUUCGAUGGUGGUGUGUGAAGAAAAGGCUCCAGUAUUAAGUCUCUGCUUUAAUAUUGAUAAGACGGGGGUAUGGGCCACUACCUGGAAUUCCGAUAUACGUUGUUGGAAACUGCCACUGUAUGACAAGUGUACAUUGAAUUCAAGUGGCGGUAUGGAUGCUCAAUGGACCUCCACGGGAACAGAAUUGGCAUGUAUUAAGGGUGGUGCUGCCAUUAAAAAAUGUGUUGUUCUAAAUGAUAAACGUCACAUUGUUACCCGCGACACGGAAGACAAUGUAGCCAUAUAUGAUGUAUUACGAGUAGUUAAGAAGGAGGAGUUGGGUAAAGUUGAUUUCGAAGAGGAAAUCAAAAAACGCAACAAACAAGUAUACAUUCCCAAUUGGUUUACUGUUGAUUUAAAAACGGGGAUGCCUACUAUUGUUUUGGGCCAAGACGAGGUGGAUUGUUUUGCUGCCUGGGUAUCAAUAGAAGCUGGUCUUCCUGAAUGUUCGGAUCCACAAUCAGAAAUGAAGAUAAAUUAUGGUAAAUUGUUAUUAGAAGCAUUGCUGGAAUAUUGGACACCACCCCAUAGCUUGCCACCCAAUGACAUGGAACAAGAUAUAAGAGGCAAUGGAUUUUUCCAAGUACCAAAACAUACACCGGUAAUAUUAAGUGAGGUUGGUGGUCGAACUGUAUCCCGAUUAUUGGUACGUGAUGCUGCUGGAGAAAGUGAAACUACAUUGCUACACGAAACCGUACCACAAUGGGUAACAGAUGUUGUCAUAGAAAAGACCACACCGAAAUUUUUAAAAAUUCCAUUCUUCCUAACACCACAUCCGUCUAUGGGUAAACCGGAAAGAACGAAGAAAGAUCGUUUGGUGGCCAAUGAAUUUAUACAGUGCCGUAAAGUGUGUGAACAUGUUUUGGAUAAAGUUUUGGGAGCUGAGACCACACCAAGUGGUGGCAAUGCAUCCAGUUCUUCACAGAACAGCGAUGCCAAUUCGGAGGGUUCUCAAGUGCCGGCCGAAGAUCGCAUUGAGUUAUGGUGCAAUGAUGUGGUGGUGGAUCCAAACAUGGACCUACGUACUGUUCGCCAUUUUAUUUGGAAGCAACAACAAACCGAUCUCACAUUCCAGUACAAAACUAAGCCAAAUUUUUCAUAUGAUGGAAAACUUUGAACAAACAACGGUAGAAGCAACAGUUUAUGUGAUUCUCUAAAUUUCAGCUGAUGAUAA